UUCGUAAACUCUCUUCACGGCUAUAUAAAUCCCCUAUUUUUUACCAUAAAGAAGAACUCUCUAUAGAAACAAAACUCCAAGCUCCACAGUAUCCAACACCUCCCUCUCUCUCUCUCUCUCUCUCUCUCUCUCUAUAAAAUUCUACUACCCAGUUGAGUACGUUUUUGGCAACAACAAAUGGAAGGAGAUCAGAAGGGAUACAAGAAAGGGCUGUGGGCAGAGGAGGAAGACAGAGUCCUCAUGGACUACGUCAGAGUGCAUGGGAAAGGGAGAUGGAAUCGCAUUGCUCAAAUGACUGGUUUGAAGAGGUGUGGUAAGAGUUGUAGAUUAAGGUGGAUUAACUAUCUAAGUCCCAGCAUAAAGCACGGUGAUUUCUCAGAGGAAGAAGAUGACCUCAUUAUCAGGCUUCAUAAUCUCCUUGGAAACAGGUGGUCACUAAUUGCUGGACGAGUACCGGGCCGAACGGACAACCAAGUGAAAAAUCACUGGAACACUCAUUUGAGCAAGAAGCUCGGAAUCAGGAAGGGAACAAGAACCAAGGUCAAUGGAGUUUCUUCACGAACAAUGCCGAAAAAAGUAGCAGCGGGAAAUAGUAUUACACCAGUGGACACUAAUUUUAAGCAUUCUUCUGAGAGUAACAAUACUGAUGGAGCCGAAGACCAAAGAGUCAUCGAAGGUGGCUUCCGAAGCAAUGCUGGGUUUUUUGAAGUAGACGAGCCCAUGGUAAAUGAGAGUUUCGAAAGCCCUUGUUGGAUUUAUGAUCACUUAGAUGCCCCGAGCUUACUAGAUCUCUUCGACCAAUUUUCACCUGAUUUUGUUUGGCAUGGUUUGUAAACCUAACUAAUUCUUCAAUCUAUUGUGCUUUUAUCGGCUU